CGUAGUACCCGCGCUAUAGCCUAUGAAUGUUUCUUCUUGAGGCAAACUCUAUUUCCAACAUUUCCCUUCAAUUCGCUUCUCGUUCACGAAUCGACCAAGAACACACUACAGCUCGUCGAUUUCACGAUUGAAAAACACAGGAACACUGGGCAUUAAUAUUGGUACUACGUACGUGGGUGACGCAAGUCGCUGUUUAGAAUUGCAGCCUCUUCGAGAGGUUAUCCAUGAUCACGCGUUCCGCUUCCCUCGAUGUUAUUCCUAAGAGUAGGACCGCUUUCGUUGAGCAAUUAGACGAAGACAUAGCUGCAUUAGCCGAGUCCUUGCGCAUCCUUCGCUCUCGCAGGAAUGCUGCUGUCUUCAUAUCUUGCCUUCCAUCCGAGAUUCUCGCGACCAUCUUCACACAUAUCGUAGAAGAGGAGAGCUUCAAGAGCUAUGUUAAUACGGGCACACCGACGCGCCGUUGUGGUGCUCCUACUCCAAUGAUAGUCACACACGUCUGCAGGCAAUGGCGCCAAGUUGCCCUCGAGUGCCCGACUCUUUGGGCAUUCAUCGACUGCGUCCAUGUUGAUUGGCUAUCCAUCAUGUUUCAGAGGUCGAAGAAAGCUGCUUUGGUCGUCACAUACAGUGCACCGCUCUCGCUAAUACAUUGCGUGGAGCAACUUCUUUCACAAUUGCCUCGAAUCAAAGUCCUCCAGUUGUGCUCAUUUCCAUCAGAUGUUAAUCGCAUUUUCCACUGCUUAUCAUCACAGCCCGCACCGUUGCUUCAAAUAUUUAAAUUCUCGGUCAUGGAGGGGCGUCACCUAGGAAUCGUCAAGCCCAUAUCAGACGCCAUUUUUCAAGGACGAGCACCUCAACUUCGGAGCGUCGAGCUUAUGCAAUGCACCUUCAGUUGGACAUCGUGUAUUUUCAGCGGACUUCGAACUCUAGCUCUCAGACGAAUAGGAUCUUCCUCUUAUCCUACUCUGUCGCAGCUCCUGUCAGCUCUCAGACGUAUGCCUGGCUUGGAGCUGCUUAUGCUUGAGCUGCCGUGCAGAAAUUCCGGGGACACAGAGCUCUUCGAUCAUGUCCCACUCACUCAAUUGAAAAAUAUAGCGCUGGAUGCCUGCACCAUCCCAACCGCUGUAUCUCUCUUCUCACAUCUAGUCCUUCCCGUCGAUGUCGGGAUUGCUCUAAACCUCGCACAAAGUGAAAGCCCUGAAGGCUUUUCUAAUCUAUUUUCGGUCAUAUACAAGAACCCUGACGAAUCUGGUCCUGUCAUGCGGUCCCUGGGUGUCAGCCUUACGUUCCAAACAUUCCGGGUCCAAUUCAGCACUUCAAUGACGUUCAAAUCUGAGGAUUUGUGGAAGACUCGUGACGGUGAUAUAUCACUCUCGAUUCAAUUCGAACGUGACACCUCCACCACAAACCCAACCAUCGUAUUUGACAUGUGUCGGAUGGUCCCGCAUCGCAAAAUUCAAAGUUUGUUUGUGUCAUCCUACCUUCAUCUCACAGAAAAUUUCUGGCACGCAGGGUCCGCUGACCUUCUGGAACUCGAAAGUAUCCAUUUGAAGAGCGCCUCUAUUGGAGUUGGAGGCUUGAUCGCUGCGCUCCAGAGCGAAGGCGCGCAGAGCUCGGAUAUAAUAUAUCCUUCGCUCCAUGCUCUUGAACUCGACAAUAUCGACUUCGCAUGUGAUGAACCUCAAGCACUUCGGGACAUUGUCAUAAAGCGAGCCAAACACGGUAUCGGUAUACACAGACUCCGACUAGCCAAAUGCUACAAUUUGAUGAACGAUGGGGUGCAGCUCCUUAGGGAAGUGGUUGCAGACGUUGACUGGGAUGGGCACUCGGUGCCCCUCACGGACCCCUUCAAUGGACGCUGCUGUUGUGCCAGUUGCGGGGGCGAAUAUUCUGAUUAUUCUGAUGACGAUGAUACGAAUUCGGAGGACUAGUUCUAAUGAGUCUGUCACCAUGAUAGACGUUUGCACAAUAUUUAUGAUGAUUUGUUUCGAACGCGAGAUUGCGAUACACUAUGUAUUGGCGCUACUUACGUAGUGUCACAAUUGAAUACUACGGAUUGUGAUCUAACCUUUUAAAUUUUAUCGGGUUAGCUAGACUAGUCCUUC